AACCCUACUAAUAUCCUUCGCUGCUGAAACGAGAUUCAACCCAGAAGAUUCUGUUUUCCCGCCGGAGAUACGCCAGUUAGCGUUUCUGCAGGCUCUCCGGGGAACUGCGGAAGGUAGAGGAAAGAAGAUGGGUUCCGUAACAUUGAAGAAGAAUUACAAGUGCGUUCAGUCCCUGCAGCAAUUCUAUUCCGGAGGUCCUUACGUUGUUUCGUCCGACGGGUCUUUCCUCGUCUGCGCCUGCGAUGAAACCAUUAAAAUUGUCGAUGCUUCGAAUGCGUCGAUAAAGUCUACAAUCGAGGGCGACUCGGAGCCGGUCACGGCUCUCGCUCUCAGCCCUAACAACAGCCUGCUCUUCUCGGCCAGUCAUAGCCGUCAGAUUAGAGUCUGGGACCUAUCUACCCUAAAAUGCCUUCGUUCCUGGAAGGCACAUGAGGGACCUGUGAUGGGAUUAGCUUGCGAUGCGUCGGGUGGGCUGCUGGCAACAGCAGGGGCGGAUAGGAAAGUGCAAGUGUGGGAUGUGGAUGGAGGAUUCUGUACUCACUAUUUCAAAGGCCACAAAGGAGUUGUGACUAGCAUUAUGUUUCAUCCUGACCCAAAUCGUCUAAUUCUUUUCACUGGGAGUGAUGAUUCCACAGUUCGAGUCUGGGAUCUAACAAGCAAGAAGUGUUUGGCGACACUAGAAAAACACCAAUCAAUGGUCACUUCUGUCGCAGUAUCUGAAGAUGGAUGGACCUUGAUUAGUGCAGGGAGGGAUAAGGUUGUGAAUUUGUGGAAUUUGCAUGACUUUAGCUGCAUGAUCACAAUCCCAAUAUUUGAGGCAGUAGAAGCUGUGUGCAUAAUUGGGUCUGACUCUCGCUUCAAUGCAUGCAUUGCUUCUUCUUCGGAUCAACAUGGAAAGAAGAGAAAUGAUAUACCAUCGAUUAAUUUUAUCACUGUUGGUGAACGAGGGGUGGUGAGGAUAUGGAAGUCAGAUAGAGCUCUUUGUAUUUUUGAGCAAAAACAGUCUGAUGUUACUGUCAGUUCUGAAAGAGAAGAUACCCAAAGAGGGUUUACUUCUGCUGUCAUUUUGCCAACAAGUCAAGAGUUGCUUUGUGCCACAGCUGAUCAGCAGUUUCUUAUUUAUUCUCCCAAGGAAUCUGAUGGUAUACUAGGAUUAGUUCUGACGAAAAGGCUUGUUGGAUACAAUGAAGAGAUUGCAGAUAUGAAAUUCUUAGGGGAGGAUGAACAGUUCCUUGCUGUUGCCACAAGUGUUGAGCAGGUCCGAGUGUAUGAUCUUACAACAAUGUCGUGUGCCUAUGUGUUGGCUGGUCACACUGAAAUCGUUCUGUGCCUUGAUACCUGUGUAUCAACUUCUGAAAGACCACUAAUUGUUACUGGGAGCAAGGACAACAGUGUUAGGUUGUGGGAUUCCCAGACCAAACAUUGCAUUGGAGUCGGUGUAGGGCAUAUGGGAGCUGUUGGUGCUGUUGCUUUUUCAAAGAAACAUCAUAACUUCUUUGUGAGUGGUAGUAGUGAUCGUACGUUGAAAGUAUGGAGUCUAGAUGGUCUCCUGAAUGACACUGAAGAAGUUUUUAAUUUGAAAGCAAAAGCAACUGUAGCAGCACAUGACAAGGAUAUUAACUCUCUGGCAGUUGCACCGAAUGAUAGUCUUGUUUGUAGUGGUUCUCAGGACCGCACUGCUUGCAUUUGGAGGCUUCCUGAUCUAGUGUCUGUGGUCACACUCAGAGGGCAUAAAAGAGGGAUUUGGUCUGUGGAGUUUUCUCCAGUUGAUCAAUGUGUGAUUACGGCAUCUGGAGAUAAGACCAUAAAGAUAUGGUCUAUAUCUGAUGGUUCGUGUUUGAAAACAUUUGAAGGGCACACAUCAAGUGUAAUUCGAGCAUCAUUUGUUACACGCGGCACUCAGUUUGUUUCUUGUGGUGCUGAUGGUUUAGUGAAGCUGUGGACAGUCAAGACCAAUGAGUGUAUUGCAACAUAUGACCAACAUGAAGACAAGAUUUGGACUUUAGCUAUUGGGAAGAAGACAGAAAUGCUUGCAACUGGUGGCAGUGAUGCAGUUAUCAAUUUAUGGCAUGACUCUACAGCUUCAGAUAAAGAGGAAGCUUUUCGUAGAGAAGAGGAAGGUGUUUUGAGAGGACAGGAGCUAGAGAAUGCUGUAUUGGAUGAAGAUUACACUAGAGCAAUCCAGAUUGCUUUUGAGCUUCGCAGACCUCGUAAGCUUUUUGAGCUAUUUGGUCAACUCUGCAGAAAGGAAGAGCCUAGAGUUCACUUGGGGAAAGCUUUACAUGCUUUUGGCAAGGAAGAGUUUUGCUUGCUUUUGGAAUAUAUCCGAGAAUGGAAUACAAAACCAAAAUUCUGUCAUAUAGCACAGUUUGUUCUUUCUACAGUAUUCACCAUGCUUCCACCAACAGAGAUUAUUGAGAUAAAAGGUAUAGGAGAAUUGCUCGAAGGCAUUAUGCCAUAUUCACAGAGGCAUUUCAGCAGGAUAGAUAGGUUGGAAAGAAGCGCUUACCUAUUGGACUAUACUCUAACAAGCAUGUCGGUCAUUGAACCUGGAGCCGGUGUUGGUGGCUUAACAUGGAAAUCGGAAGAAAAAGAUGCCAGAGACACUGUUGAAGCAGCAGAUGAAGGGCAACUAGGAGAAGGUGAUUUAACAGAGCAAGAGGCCAAUCAGGAAGAGAUUAAAACCAAGAUCUCUUCGAAGAAAAAGAAAUCACACAAGUUGAGAGACAUUGAACCAUCAGAAGGUGAUUUAACAGAGCCAGAGCCAAAUCAGGAGUUGGAAACCAAGGUCUCUUCAAAGAAAAGGAAAUCACACAAGGCGAGAGACAUUGAACCAUCAGAAGGUGAUUUAACCGAGCAAGAGCCAAAUCAGGAGUUGGAAACCAAGGUCUCUUCAAAGAAAAGGAAAUCACACAAGGCGAGAGACAUUGAACCAUCAGAAGGUGAUUUAACCGAGCAAGAGCCGCCUCAGGAGUUGAAAACCAAGGUCUCUUCGAAGAAAGGGAAAUCACACAAGGCGAGAGACAUUGUACCAUUAGGAACUGAUUUAACAGAACAAGAGCCGAAGCAGGAGGAGCUGAAAACUAAGACCUCUUCAAAGAAAAGGAAAGAGGUGAUUUAACAGAGCAAGAUCCGAACUGGGAGGAGUUGAAAACAAAGACCUUUUCAAUGAAAAGGAAAUCAUAGAAGUUGAAUGGCAAAUUGGCAAGAAAGCAAAGGGAGAGAGAGAGUAAGUUGUUGGGUUCAUCUUUAGCCUUCUGUCUGUCUGUGUAAUUAUCAAAUUUUGUCAUGAAUGAUGAGUGAACACAUAACCCCCAUUAAGAAUUCUCACUAAUUUCCUUGUUUGUGUUCCAAUUUUUAUCUUCAGCACUGCUGUAGAUUCAGUCAGUGGUGUUAUUAGCA